GAAUUGUCGAAUCAUGUUGAUGGGUGCAGCUUCCUUAAGCAAAUUAUCUAUGAUGCGAGGAGAAUUACUGUAUAAGAAAUCGUGAAAAUUUUUCUUAAUGAAUUUUGCGUUACAGAUGUUGCCAUCUGGUUGACAAGAAGCUCCUUUGAAAGAUUCAAAUGUUAUCUGAGAAGCAGACAAGAACGGAUGAAUUGAAACUGCGUGGAACUGUGCAUUGUGGAAGGGAAAGCUCAGGGAAGAUGACAAGUUGACAGCAUCCUCCCCGUUCGUUGUCUUUCCUGCAAUUUAUAUGCCGAAAGCGACCUCUAUCCAUCUUCCUACUCAUUUUCCUCUUUGAAUAUCUCCAACUAAAAAGAAAGACAAGAGAUGACUUCCCUUCGCCCUUUUUUUUUUUUUUUUUGGUAAGGAGACUUCCCUUCGCCUUUUGCUCUUUGCAUUUCUACGCUUUUCUUUAUUCCUUCUCGUGUGUUUUUAACUCUCUCCAUCUUCUUCCUUUUCUUUUCUCCCAUUUGGCUCCCGGGUUGGUGAGCUGCGCUCCAGCUGCCUCGUGUUGACUUCGCCUCGAUCAUGGGUUGCUCGUUGUGUCGUGUGAUACCCUAGAAUUUAAAUUUUGGUUACCUUCCUCUCUUUGGGUUCUGGGGUUUUCUUGAGUUCGACCCAAGUUUGGAUUAUGGAUUCUGGGUUUUCCUGGGAAUUCUGAGAAGGAACCAGCAGGGAAACGUUUGGAGGAGCCAGCUGUUAUCCAGAGCUCAGCAGAGGAAAAAAAACAGUAAAAACAGAGGGCUCAGACAGCGGAGACUAUGAAGUGCUUUCCAUUUACAAUUUGGGAUAAAAAUGGAGAACCAAAAACAACCAAAUCCAUAUCUGUCCGCUCUACCUCCACUUCCAUGUCUACAGACCGUGAUAUGAGAACGUCUUGGUCUGAGCUCACGUCUCAGAAUGAGCCUGAUCUUAGCACAGGAUCGUCUGUGAAUGCCAUGAACCCAUUUGCAAUUUUGUCUCAACGGCAGAGUAAUUUGAGAGAAUUCACAUUCGAGGAGUUGAAAGCAGCCACGAAGAAUUUCAGCCGUUCCCUCAUGAUUGGAGAAGGUGGAUUUGGGGGCGUUUUUCGGGGUAUAAUGAGGAGUACUGAUGAUCCACAUAAGAAGAUUGAUAUUGCUGUCAAACAGUUAAGCAGAAGAGGACUGCAGGGUCAUAAAGAAUGGAUUACAGAAGUAAAUGUUUUGGGCGUCGUUGAGCAUCCAAAUCUGGUGAAAUUACUAGGCUAUUGUGCCGAAGAUGACGAGAGAGGCAUUCAGCGUCUACUGGUAUAUGAAUACAUGCCGAACCGCAGUGUGCAGGAUCACUUGUCAAGCAGGUUUCAGACGUCUCUUUCAUGGACCAUGAGAGUAAAGAUCGCCCAGGAUUCUGCACGAGGGCUAACCUACCUCCAUGAGGGAAUGGAUCUCCAGAUCAUUUUCAGAGAUUUCAAGUCAUCAAACAUUCUUUUGGACGACCAGUGGAAUGCCAAGCUAUCAGAUUUUGGAUUAGCGAGGCUAGGGCCUUCCAGUGGAGAAAGUCAUGUCUCAACCUUGGUGGUCGGAACGAUUGGUUAUGCUGCUCCGGAGUACAUCCAAACUGGACACCUCACGGCUAAAAGUGAUGUCUGGAGCUAUGGAAUUUUUCUUUACGAGCUCAUCACGGGUCGCCGCCCUUUGGAACGGAACCGGCCAAAGAAUGAGCAGAAGCUUCUUGAAUGGGUCAAGCCAAAUCUAUCUGAUAUGAAGAAGUUCCAAACCAUCCUUGACCCACGGCUUGAAGGCAAGUACUCUCUUAGGUCCGCCCAAAGGCUAGCCUCUGUGGCUAAUCGGUGCCUUGUACGGCAUCCCAAGGCACGGCCCAAGAUGAGUGAAGUCUUAGCGAUGGUGAACCGAAUUGUGGAAGCAAUGGAAACCGGAAGUCCCAAAGCCCCAUUGAAAGUCGUAGCAACGAACGACGAGCUGGAAAAAUCGAGAAAAGAGCGAUUUAAGAGGAGGUUUGUGGAUUCGAUAACUGGAGAGAUGGGGUGGUGGGUUUGUUGGACAUGGAGACCGAGACUCGUGAAGACGUGCUAAAAUGAGGAGGCGAAGCAAAGGUAUUCGUCUUCUUGUUCGGUCACUUAGGAUGAGGUAAUUAACUGUUGUAAGGUUUUCUCUGCAACCUUUGGCUAUUUUUGAGGUUCUACACAACAUGUAUAUUAUCCUGUUUUGUGUGCAUUUUACAGAAGUAUUGCAAGUGUAGAAAUGUUAACACGGCCGAGUGAAUGCAACAUUUGGGUUUAUACAA